GUCUAUAUAUAUACAUCCAUCUCCUAGCUAUUACAUCCAACACAAAAAUCAUAUUUUCAGAAUACAAAAAAAAAAGCGAAAGAUGAACUUCCUAUCCGAUCAGGUAAAGAAACUCUCUGACUCCAAGCCUGAUGAGCCAGACAAACACCAAGCCCGUAGAAGGAACCGAAACAGCCAACAGACCAGCUUCACCCUCCGAGCUCAUGGCCAGUGCCAAGGUUGUAGCCGAAGCUGCUCAGGACGCGGCUCGUAACGAGUCAGACAAACUUGACAAGGCUAAAGUCGCCGGAGACAGCGCUGAUAUCUUAGAUGUCGAUCAGGAAUACGGAAGGUUCGAUAAAAGCGACGCUGGUCAGUACUUCGAAAAGGCCGAGAAGUAUCUAAAAGAUUUCGAGUCCUCCGGCGCCGUCGUUACUCCUUACACCCCGGAUAUCGGUGCUCCUCCGCCAAGUGCUUCACGCUGAAGAGGUGUCUGGUGGUGGGUUGGGAUGUUAUGCUAUAAGAUGGCUCAAGUAUUCAUGAAGUGUGGUUAUUGAUCUUUAUAAAUUGUUAUUAUAUCGUGUGGUAAUAAAUUUAAAUAAGUUACGUACUUUUAGUAUGGGGAUAUAAAACUAAAUAACAAAGUACGUAAGUAAUCAUGUUGUAUCGUUUACUAUGGGAAGCGGAUGUGUUCUAUCUUUGUCAUUGUUGUGUCCUUAAUCUAUCUAUAUUUGUUGUGAUUAUGCUAAA